AGUUUGUCCUCAGCGGACACCGUAGCGGGGGCACCACCACAUCGCUGCAGUUGUUGAAGAAGAGGUUGGCCCUCAGAUAACAACAAAGUAGGUAACACCAGCUGGAAUCGUUGUUCUAUAAAUAGGUGGGCAUUAUGGGCAACACGAGUGACAGGGUGUCGGCAGAUCGCCAUGGAGCCAAGGCUCACCGCUCAGACAGCAGCGGCAGUCACAAAGACCAAGAACCCAGCAGCAAGAUGGUGGACAGCACAGAUGACCCCAACAUCUUCAACACCCACGGGCCAGAGUCCAAGGCUUUAGGGGAGAAAGAAUUCACACCAGAUCUGGAGGACAUGGUAAAGACUGUUCCUCAGGCACGACCCACUGUGAUCCGUUGGGCCGGUGGAGGGAAGGAGGUUUGCAUAGCUGGUUCCUUCAAUAACUGGAGUACGAAGAUACCACUAAAUAAGAGCCAUAAUGACUUCGUAGCAAUCCUGGAUUUGCCGGAGGGAGAACACCAGUAUAAGUUUUUUGUCGAUGGGCAGUGGGUCCAUGAUCCCUCAGAGCCUGUAGUAACUAGCCAGCUUGGCACCAUCAACAACUUGAUCCAGGUGAAAAAGUCGGACUUUGAGGUGUUUGAUGCCCUGCAGGUCGACUCUCUGGAGUGCUCCGACACGUCAGAUCUGUCCAGCUCUCCCCCUGGACCAUACGGGCAGGAGCAGUACAUCUUCAGACCUGAGGAGCAUUUCAAAGCCCCGCCUAUACUCCCCCCACAUCUCCUUCAAGUUAUCCUUAACAAGGAUACUAAUGUUUCUUGUGACCCUGCCCUGCUGCCUGAGCCCAAUCACGUCAUGCUAAACCACCUUUAUGCGCUGUCGAUAAAGGUAGGUUCAGUAGAGGCUGUUUUCUUAACAGAACUGCUCCCACAUGAAUUUAUUUUGUUUUAUUUCCUUCUGUGCAGGAUGGAGUAAUGGUGCUGAGUGCGACACACAGAUACAAGAAGAAAUACGUCACCUCUCUGCUUUACAAACCUAUCUAAACCUCAUCGUAGGUGCUCCACAGUGCUUUUAGAGAGCAGCACGUUUGUAUCCUGCUGUUUUUGUUUUUUUUUUUUAAAUCAUCACAUUUAGCCAAAUCUUGCACUGAAACAAGUUUACAGGGGAAACAAAGGCCAGCGGCUGUGACUGUGGCUUGGAUUUUUUGUUCUUUUAAAGGUUGCACUUCUGUCUACAUAGGGCUCUGAACAAAAGUAGAGAAGUGUCUUUACAGAGAGAGAUGGAAACCAUACUGUGGCUUUUUAACCUGUGACAUUUACAAACGAGAGAUUGACAAAAUCACUGUGUAUUUGACUGUUUGGUGCAUCCUGUGAUUACUUUGCAUGUUCGUGUGUAAAAAGACAUUUGUUUAAAUAUAUGGAGCGAGUUGUCUUAUGCCAUCUUGACAGUUGCAUUGCUGUGCAGUGAGGGCUCUUCUCAUUCAUGGUUGUUGUGCAGGUUGUCGCAUUAACAGAGGGGUUUUGAUUUUUGUGGUGGUGCACAGUUUGACUGAAGUGUUGUCGUAUCCUUCGCAAUUAAUUGGAUUGAGUAUGUUUUUAACUGAUGCGGCUCUUGGAUUGUGCAUGCAAAAAAAGCAGAAUGACUUAAUCCAGACCUCUGUUAGGUCUAAGCAUUGAAGAGAGCAGCCAACAUAGCAUUGCUUUGCAUGAUAUGCAAUAACCUGCUAUGAAAUAACAAAGGCAGCAAUCAAUAACAGCUGAUGUUGCUGCAUAUUACAUUAAAUGUUUCACUUAAUUUGCAGAUAUUCAGUGGAUUUUUCCAAAACAACCAAAAAGGUAACAGUUUUAGCGGCUUAACAUGGAAUGGCUGAUGAUCUGCAUUUGAAUAGAGUGAGUUUCCGUCAUCAUCAGGCCUCUAGAUAAGGAGCGGAGGUUUAAGGCUGCAGGCUGAUGUGUAGUUCUGCUGUUGCCUUUCUCUUGACCUAAUUUAGUGAGCACUUUACCAUCCUGCAAGCAGGAGUGUUGAUAUAAGCUUUGAACUAUGCAGUCGACAACUCUUGUACUGUAGCCUCUUUUGGACUAUAAAAUGUAGUCUGCUUUUUAUUUUCAGAUAUUCUGGAUUUGCAGUGCUUUGUAUGUGUGUGAAUUGUAUUGAGUUCUAUUUAUGAAAUAGGAAUGUACUGUUUAUGUGUUGUCACACAGAGAAGUGUGUACGAACACACACCUAAGAAUGUGAUCGGAAGUGUUUUAUUCGACAGGGCUAUAAGAUGUUUUUUACAUUACAGGUAAUGAACAAUGGCUUUGGCAGAUGUUAAACUUAUAUUUGUCACCUGUAUGUGUUUUAUAACUUGCUGUUUAAUUGUCUGCACUUACAGUGUAAUUCUUAAAGGGGCUUUCAUAAAUGCCAUUUGUGUCAAACCAGAUGCUUUCAAAGUAUUUUGUGAAUGUCAAGCCUAGCCAUAACGUUUUGUCCGGAGUUUGUAAGACUGAAGACAUGAUAAGGGAGAAAGGACAGACACCACGGUCAUGGUGUUCUUAGGUUAAAACCAAAACUUGAAUUUUACAAAUGUUACAUGAAUGUUUAAAAAAGCUUUGCAGAACCAGUGUGAAGAGCUACUGUACAAGGUUUUACUUGUUUGCAAAUAAAGGGAGGACACACUGUUCCUA